AUGUUCUUCCUCCCUGCCGGAGUGCUGCUCGCCCGUUCGAGAAUGCCAUUCUGGUUCCCCGUCCAUGCGGUUUGGCAAUUCCUCCUCAGUCUCGGUUUUGUCUGCGCCGCUUUCGGCAUCGCCUGGGCGCACUUCUCGGGCGGGCUCGAUUCACCCCACCGCCGUGCCGCCACGGCUCUCUUCACGCUCGUCAUCGCGCAGGCGCUACUCGGUGUCUGUGCCCACUUCCUGGGUCGGAGGAUGACACACCUGAAGACGAGGACGGGACGCUCGGCCCUCCACUUCUUCCAUUGGUUCCUCGGUUUUGUCGUCAUUGGGCUCGGGUGGGCGGUGGCGUACCUCGGCCUCUCGAGCGAGUGGGAGAAGCGUGGCCACGGGCACGUGAGCGGAGGAUGGAAGGCGGGAUGGGGAGUUGUCCUCGGUAUCUGGAUCACGCUGUACGUUAUCGGACUGGGUUUCUUGCCCCUCCAAAUCAGGAAAGAGAGGGAGCGGGUGGCGCCUAGAGUCCAGGGGCCGGAGAUGGCGGAAACCGGAGAGACUGCAGCGAUGGUUGGACCUGCACCCGAGCCGGGGUACCCCAAGAUGUCUUACGAGACCCGGUCGAGCUUCUAG